AAAAAAAACUCAUCUCUCCUGCAUCGCCCCGUCAAACCUGGGAGUGGAGUGACAAAUUUCUCGUCGUUUUUUCCGGAUUUCGAGGUGUGGUUGCCGUUUAUCGCUGCGAAUUAAACCCGUACAUCGGUUCCGCGACAACCCCGGGGGACGUAUUUGUAGAUUGUAGGUGCGGACACGUUCGGUAGUGGUAGCUUUUGAUUGUUUUCUGAAACGGUAGCGGCAGCAGUAGGCGAAAAUGUCCGGAAGAUUGCCAGCCUGUGUCAUCGACGUCGGAACGGGCUACACAAAGUUGGGCUUUGCGGCCAACAAGGAGCCCCAGUUUAUCAUUCCGUCGGCGAUCGCCAUCAAGGAGACGGCCAAGGUGGGCGACCAGAGUGCCCGCCGGGUGACCAAGGGCGUCGAGGAUCUGGACUUUUUCAUCGGCGAUGAGGCGUUCGACGCGACCGGGUACUCGGUUAAGUACCCCGUGCGCCACGGACUGGUCGAAGACUGGGACCUGAUGGAGCGCUUCCUGGAGCAGUGCAUCUUCAAAUAUCUGCGCGCCGAGCCGGAAGACCACCACUUCCUGCUGACGGAACCGCCACUGAAUACACCCGAGAACCGCGAAUACACCGCGGAGAUCAUGUUCGAGACGUUCAACGUGCCGGGGUUGUACAUUGCGGUACAGGCCGUGCUGGCCCUGGCCGCCAGUUGGGCGUCCCGUCCGGUGGAGGAGCGUACCCUUACGGGAAUCGUCGUCGACAGCGGGGACGGUGUGACGCACGUCAUUCCGGUGGCCGAGGGCUACGUGAUCGGAUCCUGCAUCAAGCACAUCCCGAUUGCCGGUCGUAACAUUACGUCCUUCAUCCAGAGCUUGCUGCGGGAGCGCGAGGUCGGCAUUCCGCCCGAGCAGAGCCUCGAGACGGCCAAGGCCAUCAAGGAGCGCUUCUGCUACAUCUGUCCGGACAUUGCGAAGGAGUUUGCCAAGUACGACGCCGAGCCGGCCAAGUGGAUGCGCCAGUACGAGGGCAUGAACGCCAUCACGAAGGCGCCGUUCGGCGUGGACGUCGGGUACGAACGGUUCCUGGGGCCGGAGAUUUUCUUCCAUCCGGAGUUUUCCAACCCGGACUUUACGACGCCGCUGUCGGAGAUUGUUGACACGGUCAUCCAGAAUUGUCCGAUUGAUGUGCGGCGGCCGCUGUACAACAAUAUCGUGUUGAGCGGAGGCUCGACCAUGUUCCGGGACUUUGGUCGUCGCCUGCAGCGAGAUAUCAAGCGCAGCGUUGAUGCCCGUUUGAGAAUCAGCGAGAAUUUGAGCGAAGGACGAAUUAAGCCCAAACCGAUCGACGUGUCGGUGAUUUCGCAUCACAUGCAGAGAUACGCCGUCUGGUUCGGCGGUAGCAUGUUGGCCUCAACGCCCGAGUUCUACCAGGUGUGCCACACGAAAGCCGCCUACGAGGAGUACGGUCCGGGCAUUUGCCGUCACAACCCCGUGUUCGGAACCAUGACGUAGUUUUAUCGCCCCUUCUUCUUCUUCUUCGUUGUACUCUGCUUCUAGAAUUGUCUAGGGAAAAAAACCAGCAAAGGAAACAUUUUUAUUUUUGAAGAAAGAAACAAACAAAAAACACAAACGUUAAGAGGGUGCUUCUGGCGACCGCCGAUCGUGGACACCGAAAAAAAAACACAAACAUCAUUCCCUUCAAGCAAUUUAAAACUUCUUUCCCCACUUCUACUACUUGCAUGUAAAGUAACGGCAAAUUCUAGCGACAUUAUGAUAUCUGCAUUUGUUAGCUUGCGAUUAUAAUUUUGAGUUAAGUAAUAAACGUUAACAAUUGUUUAUUUUUAAAACCUUCAAUAGUUAAUUACAGCAAUCUUUCACCAAACACAAACUCUAUCUCUCUCUCUCACAUCGAAACACAGAGUAGUAAGAAAACAGUUGCAGACGAGCAAACCCCAAUAGUGAUGGACACAAAACAAUGCCAAAAGUGUAGCAGCAGAAGAGUGUUGCAUUUAAAAUAAAAUCAGCAACUGAGAAAAUAAAAACGUAUAAGGUUAAGCGAACACCGCCACGUUUGUAACACAAAAAGUAUUCCUCUCUACGAGUAAAAUAAAUCCCCCCUCUAUUUUAUUCAACUAACAUUAUAUUUUAGGUAGUUUCGAGGUUUAGUUGGAUGACGAAAGCAAAUCUAUAGGAGAAGCUACCAUUUGGGAAAUUUAUCUAAAACAAACAAAUGAACAAAACACUUGAUUGAACAAUCGCAAUUUCGAUUCAAACUAUGGGAUAUAAAUCAAAUAUGUAAACGUAAUCUAGGUAAUAAAGUUAAAUUUAAAACCAUGAAAACCGACUGUCUUUUUUUGGGGGCGAAAAGGGAUGUGAUAUUGGUCACUUGAGAGAGAAAAAAGGCACCCCAGCGAGCUUUUACAAUCAAGUAAGAAUCGAUAAAUUUAUUUGCCUUCUGAAGUGUCUCAAAUCAUUUGGAUUACAAGCCUUGUUUUGCUGCCAUUCUCAUUUAUUUUAUUAUGUUUUUUUUUCUCUGUUUUAUAUCAGUAAAUACACGUUUGGUGAUAUUGGAACAAAUUGUUUUUUUGAUAAAUAUAUGUAGAUCUCAAUAAAAUGCUGUAUUUGCAUAAUCAUUUUUUUUUUUUUGCUGAUAAGAUCAGUUGUUUGAUUUAAUUUUACUGAAUUUCUUGUUUUUUUUUCAUCGUAGCGUAAAAUAUAUGAAAUUUGUAUUUUAUUUUAUAGUCAAUUGAUUUCCAUAAAUAUGUGAAUGUGUGUAGUUGUGUUUGUGAGUGUGUUUUAUUUGCAACAUUUUAAAAUAUUUGCCUCAUCUUAAAUGGCAUUGUGAUAUUAAUUUGAUUUGAUUGAUACGUAAACUUUUUUUUUCUUUUAUUGGAAAACGAAUGUGAUUACUGGGGACACACCAAAAUGCUUCAUUACAAAAUUGAUAUUUUCGUGUGUUUUCUCCUCUCAUGUAACGUUACAAAAGUUCGAAUCCGAGAGCUAAUACUUCUUUUAUAUAAAAAUUUAGCUAGAAUUGGGUCCUAAAAUGAAGCUUAGAUUGCUGAUAUUGUUGUUUACAGCGAUAAAACUUAUUUUUCUGAGUAUUAUGACCCUUUGUACGAUCACAAAGAGUUUAAAAUGGAUUUUUAAAUCAAUUUUGAAAAAUUAACCUCGCGGUCCUUCUUGACAGAAAAGUUCCUACUUGACAGCUCGUUCCAAGGGGACCAUAGUUGAUCCAUCGAAAAAAUGUUGUCUUGUCAUUAUUUUUUUUUUUUUUGCAUUAAAAUGAAAAAAAAGUGAUCAAAAAUGGUUUUUGAUCGUGUUUUUUACCGUUGUACAUAACAAUUUACAUAGGGCUUUAGUACCCAAUUGAAGUUUUUAGUUGCAACGGUAAUCUCUUUUUUAAAUUAUUUUAACAUCAAUUUAAUGACGCCAAUAAAAAAAAUCAACAGUCAAUUCGAAUGGUCGGUAAACUCACCACAGACAAUUUAAAUUCACCUCAUCAAUAAAGGGCAAUUUUUGAGCUAAAUAAAAGUAUGAACAAAACAAAAGCAAAGUUAAGCAGGUAUUAUACUAUUGGUACGUUCGUUUGAUGGCUUGUUCCACACUGAGUGCCGCACUCAGAGCUGUCAAAGUGUUUCUUUGAAGAAACUCGCGCUAGUUCCGCACGAGUUUCGCCGCCAUCUUGGAACUGAAACCGACGAGGCUAGCACACCGGUCGUAGAGGUCUGCCAUAUAAACUGCGGGUAGAUUAUCCUGUGACUGACACUACGAGUAGACUGACGAUGGUCUACUCGACCAGCUAAGACGAGUGGGCUGCCCGUGCCCAAAAAAGCAGUUGGACGAGAAAAAGAGAAGAUCAAAUAGCAGUUGGAGAAGCUGAAAGGACAGAUCAUGCUGCAGAAAAGUUGUAGCGAAGGCGAAACAACGGGAACCUACAGGUGGACGACGGAGUUUAAUAGGAAAUGGUGAUAACUGUGCGUUAAGAGGCGUUGUAGAAUGCAAUAAAAACUCCAGGGGUGGAGGGGGGGGGAUGUUUUCUUGACAAUGAUUCCGUUCAUAUGAUGUCCUCGGCGUACUGGUAGACUGGUGGAACCGUUGUCGCGGUGACCCUUGCAGAACACGUGGUCGGGGAAUUUGACCAGAGCAUUUUACGGUCGGAAGUUGUCCCGCAUCUGAUGCGAUCACCCUAAAGCGGACAUUCUAGCAUCAUGACGCGCUGAUCGUAGCAUCCGGUGGGUUCGUCCUAGUAACCGCAAUCGAUUAGGCGUUCCAGCAGCGAAAUUCCGUGGUUGAUUUCGUCGAGGAAAUCGUACUGGAUAACCGGUAAAAGCUGUUUCGGGUCGCCUGCCAUUGUUCCGUCACUUUCGCGGCACCAAAGCUUGAGAAAGGGAACAGGUAGCUAAUCUUCUUGGCACUGCCACAGUCGUCUAAGAAAACGUUACUUAAGUACCUGUUCCACCCAUAGAACCCACCCUAGAACUUGAACAACCGAGCGGCCGCGUUCGAAGUGGCAAUGGUUGUGGGCGGCCUCACUCAGCUGGAACUACUCAAAACUUGUCAUUCGGUUCUUCUCUUUCCCCAGAACCUUCUUGGGAUCCUUUUCGAUAAAGCUGUUCUUGAGCAGUUCUAUAACGUGAUACACCAACGGAAGAAACCUUCGCGACAACUCGAUCUACUCUAUCGUCGUUUUUCUCGGGAGCAUCAACUAAUCCCCCAUAAUCUAGACCAUUCCGGGAAAAAAGUUUUGCCAGCAAAGCCAGUUUUUCUGAAGCAAAUAUCCCGCGAAUUAUCCACGGCUUCCGACAGCUGACGCGCCACAAUCGUUCUCCUUCCUAGCUUCCAAGAGCCAGUCCCGAUAAAUGCCGUACAGAUUGUCGUGUUAAAUCUGGUUAAGCACCUGCAGCCGGUUACGCCAGCCUCAACGAACCGAUCCGCUUUUGAUAAGUUCUAGUUCCGGCAGCAGGAAGCUAGAAUUCUUAGGACAAAAAUGAAUAGUCCUUCGGAACGGUUCCGGAACUUCGUACGGCCUGAGCAGCUCCAAGCGUUUUGGUACCUUGUCCUCCAGACAUUCUAGAAUCUCCUUGCAAGCCAAAUGGUCGCUGUUAAAAACGGAAGUGUUUCGGAAGAGGCCGUAAAAGUCAUCGGAGGGAUGCUUCUUGCGCUGUGCGUGUUAUUUGAAUAUAACAUAAUUUCCGUCGUCUUCGCGUCUUGGCCAGGGCACCGGCCAAUGCCGUAAUGAGACCAAAUUCCGGCGUUAGAAACGCCGGGAAAGAAUCUUGAUCCUGCGAAUUUUCCAAAAAAAUGAAU